UGACUCGGAAGUGCGGUUAAAUCAUUUUGAAUUUUGAAUUAGCCUAACGUCAGAAAGCAACCGCUGCAUGUAACGGUUACUUUACAUAUAUACUGUAUAGCAGCUAAAUACGUGAUGGCGGAGGACAUUCAGCAGAAACUCCAGCAGUACCGCACUGCUCCAUUUGAUGCCCGUUUCCCCAACCAGAACCAGACCAGGAACUGCUGGCAGAAUUAUUUAGAUUAUCACAGAUGCCAAAAAGCGCUGGACGCCAAAGGAGUGGACGUGGCUCCAUGCGACUGGUACAAGAGGGUCUACAAAUCACUGUGCCCUAUGUCCUGGACUGAGAAGUGGGACACACAACGUGAUGAAGGAAAUUUCCCAGGGAAGAUCUGAAGAUCUCUUCAUCAUCUUUUUGUUGAAAACCUCUAACCUCUAUUUAUGUGGUAUGAUCCUGUAUACUUGCCGAGUGGGACCUGACCUACAUAUCCCACGAUGCACCAAGGCCUUAGCAGAAUGGGAUGGUUGUGUAUACGUAGUCAUUCCUGAUGAAUGUAAAAUUGUUAAGUUGCAGCUUGAGCACUAAAAAUCUCGAGCCUUGUAACACCA